UCCGGCGAGUCGGACAGCGGGAGGCACCCGGUUUUUCCCGCCCCUUCCUAUCCACCUAUUUAUGUUCGGGUCGCUGAAGGCGGACAGAUUCUUCCCGAGCCUUUGCUGGAUGCGCGACGGCCGCGAGGGGCGGCGCUGGCUUGCUAGAUCGGAACAGGCAGAGGCGAGUGGGCUGCACGCCGGCCAGAGGGAGCGUUUGAGGCCAGGCUUGAAAGAGAACGGGACAGGAUGGUGUCUCUCUAUCGCUCCUUGCUGGUCCCCACUCGCCUGGUGCUGAAGGUCUCCGAUGCUCUAACUUGGCUGGUCGUGUACAGCGUCGCUUGCCUUGCUGCAGUUCGCUACAGCUGCUGGGCGCUCUGGUUGGUGCUGAGGAAGGGCCCCAGCCAGGUGUUCCGCAGGAGGCAGCGGUACACACCUCCAAGCUGCCUCACAGAUUCUAGUUAUGGGGAGCAACGAUUUCUGACACUCAAGAAGUCUGGGCUGCGUCUCCACUAUGUUCAGGCUGGCCAGGAAGGGGCACGGCUGAUGCUCCUCUUGCACGGAUAUCCCCAGAACUGGUUUACAUGGCGCCAUCAACUGAAGGAGUUUAAGAAAGCAUUUAAGGUUGUGGCACUUGAUUUGCGAGGCUAUGGUUUUUCUGAUGCUCCAGAAGGCUGUAGGAAGUAUAAGAGAGAUUUGCUGGUUGAAGAUAUACGAGGGGUUGUUGAAGCCCUCGGCGCCACUGAGCAGGCUGGGCCUGCUAAGUGCAUCCUGGGAGGCCAUGACUGGGGUGGCGUGAUUGCCUCAGAAUUUGCUGCUACUUACCCCAACAUGGUGGAGAAGCUGAUGCUCCUGAACACUGCCCCAGCACAUGUCUUGCUAGAAUAUUUCCUUCAGCAUCCAAUGCAGAUGCUACGAUCCUCCUACAUUUUCCUGUUCCAGUUCCCAGUGCUGCCAGAGUUCCUGCUGUCCUUGAAUGACUUCCAUAUAAUAAAGAAUUCCAUGACCAGCAAAGAAACAGGAAUCCAGAAUCCAGCACACUAUCUCACGGAGGACGAGUUGGAGGCUUAUCUGUACAGCCUUGCAAAGCCUGGUGGCUUGACACCACCCUUGAAUUACUAUAGGAACAUCUUCCGCUGGGUUCCUCUGCACAAGGAUAUACUGAUGCCCACCCUGGUGAUCUGGGGGGAGAAGGACACAUUCCUGGAGAAGGGCAUGAUCCAAACUUUGAUGCAGAACAUACGGAAGAGCAUCCAGGUGCACCUUCUGCCUGAAGCUAGCCACUUUGUUGCUGAGGAUGAACCUGAAAAAGUCAAUCAAUUUAUCUGGAAUUUCCUCCUGGGAAGAGAAUGUGAAGGAAAGACGGAGUAACUGUUUGGUGUGCUAAAGCCCUCCCUGCAACAGCAGCAGCUUGGAUUAACUCUGGAGAGUGUGGCCUUCCCUGUCUUGUUUGGGAUAUUUCUGCAGCUGCUUGCAUUCCAAGCCUCGUAUAACAUGGGCUUGCAGUAAAAACAGUCAACAGUUUAGAGCACCUGGUGUGGGACUCCCGUGUGGCCAUAAACUGCAAGGUGUCGUGUCCGGCCAAAGACCCUACGCCUCGCUUCCCCGGUGGCAUCGGCCAUCGAGACCCAUGGCAGGGCCAUGGGUCUGUAUCCUGUAUUCCUGUGUGUGCCUUGGCAUAGGCAGAUGGCGCUGAGCCCCAUGUCCACCGUUCCUUCCUCGCAUUCGUGUUUGCUGGCUUCUUGGGGCCUUGGCAAAUUGCAUGAUAUGAUCUAUAAAAGGCGGGGGAGGAGCUGCUGCUUUUGAUCAUGUUUAAAUCAUUACAAGAUAUGUAAUGAUUAUUAUGAGCUAUUAACAUACCAGGAGGAAGUUCCCUCCUAAUACUGCAUGUACCUGGAAGCGUGACUGUACCUACAAAAAUCCUGCUCCUGCCUGGAGCAGAGCGAAUGAAUUCUUCCGAGGAGAGGAGAGGGGGCCAGGAUUGCCCUCGUUGCGGGCAGGUUGUCCUGUGUGUGUGGUGGGCUGAAGCAAAGCAGUGUGCCACUCAUGCAGGAAUGCCUCCUAGCAGAACCUCACUUCCUUCAGGAAAGUCAGUUGGCGUUGGGGAAGAAUUGUUGCACAUUCUUAGCACUAGGAGAAGACUGGCUGGGGGCAGUGUUGCUAAAAGGGGAAAGAUGCAAUAAAUCAGGGCCUGAAGAUGGGGUGCCUUUUUUUUUUUAGGGUGGCAGGCAUAUUUUUUACUCGUCUAUAGCUGGUGGCUUACAUAUCUCUGAUUUAAGUAAACUUGCCUUCUCA